UUUUCGUCGGAAGUCGUAAUUUCUUAACACGGUCUCUCAGACGAGGCCCGUCGUAAUCAUUGUUUUGCCUACUGCUUUACUCUAUGGAUCCAGUCGUCAGAAAAUUGCGAAAGAAACUGAGACAAAUAGAAGCUCUAGAGAAAUUAGGAAGAGAGCUGAGCAGCGAAGAAGCCGACAAGGUCGCACGAAAACACGAAAUCCGCACAGACCUGCAAUCGAGACUGCAGGAGAGCAACAGUCAGCAAGACUUGGCGUACGAUACCUCUUCCGUACUCACUACAGAAGUCUCAAGUGUGUCUGAUGAAUCAACUUGUAAUGAGAAGACAAACAUUAGACGCGGUCACGUGAGAGAACCAGAAUCAAGAUACCCGGAUAAUGACGUCACAACUAAUGUUACAACGGGCGCAGUCUCUUUACAACAACCGCAAGAUUCGCUUAAUAAACAAGAGAAACAAAUGUAUCAACAAGUAAUCAACCAGAAUGACCAACAAAUUGAAAAUGGCAAAACUAAUUCGUUACCUGCGAAGGAACAUGGAGACGACAGUGCAACAGAUGAGAGUCGUGUUGAUAGUAUAGAUGUGUCUCCGGUUGUAGCAAAGGGCCAAUCUAGGAAGAAACAAAGCGGCAAGAAACGAGCUCCGUCAAAUGCAGAGAUCUUUCGGAGUGGAAAGUUUGGCGUCCAAUUAUUAGAGGGCCACAACGAUCGCAUUCUAUCAGUAGAUUGUGAUGACUCCAUUGUGGUGACUGGAAGUGUAGAUACUAUGGUGAAAGUUUGGGAUGCUGCUAGUGGAGUGGAGCUGAAGAGCCUCGGAGGUCAUGAAGGGGCUGUUACGUCAGUCGUGAUUGUAGGGAAACAUGAGCAAUUAUGUAUAGCUGAUAGUUCUGGUGGUUAUGAUUAUCCUGAUGACAGUUGUGUGAUCAUCAGUGCAUCUCUGGAUUGUACGUUCCGACUGUGGAAUGAAAGAGAAGGUUUACUGAUCAAGUCAGUUUACACCUUUUCUCCUCUGAGAUCCGUACGCUACUCUUCUAAGAAAAUUCUGACAGGAUCUGAUGGAGGAAAGUUGGAGUUGUGGGACAUCGAAACUUGCAGCAAUAUCGUAUCCAUACGUGAGCACGAUGUGGCCAUUGCUUCUAUUUGGUUUGACUUCCCUGAUGUUGUGACUGCGGACGUGUUGGGAUGUGUGAUAGUGUGGCACGUUAGCCGGUCGGCACCCGGUGUGUGUACAUUCGAGAAAAAGGGAAGUCGUCGUUUAGAUUCAAAACACACCGAUUCGAGUGACGUCACAAACACUGCACUCUACCACUACACAAUACACUCACUCUGUGUGAAUAUGGACAAACGGCGUGUUUACUGGGGUGACAAUGGCAUUAAUAUCAAAAUGUGGAAUAUUGAAACAGGAGAUGUAGCCAAGCUACAAAAUCAUUCAGGAUGUUGGGGAAGCACGAAUGCUGUUGCACUCUGUGGCCUGUGGGUCGUAGCAGCCGGUUACAAUCUAGAUUCAGGGCAAGGCUAUCUGACUGUUAGGAAUGCAGACGACAACACCUAUGUAGCAACAGUAUCCUGUCCAGACUGUCCGUGCAUCGACUGUCUAACAUGUUGUCCUUCGUCUGGAAACGACAAGAGAUGGCGAUGGUUCACAGGCGGUAAACAACUAAGAAUGUGGGAGUGGUCAGACCCGAGUAGAAAACUUCCCAGAAAAAGUGGACCUCGAUCAAUAGUAUCACCCAUUUCCGAUCCUCAAUUCGAGGAGGCACGUGAUACAGACACAGAAGAAUCUGAGUCAGAUUCGGAAUCUAAUGGAAGCUCAACCGAGCAGCCAAGCGACCCUAAAUCGACAAAAAAUCUCGACGAGCAGCCGCAGUACUCAUCGAUCUGGUCCUGGUGCAACAUACUGUAGGUCGAUGCUUCAAUACGUAGACAUCCAGUUGAGUCAUUUGUUCGUAUUCAAACCGACCGAG